AAAAUAGAACAGCUGAAAAAUACGAACCGAAUUCAUGUUCAAAUAAUGGGUCCUGUUGAAGAAGACCCAGAAUAUAAACUUAUUGUACAAGCAAAUAAUUUGACUGUAGACAUUGAUAGUGAAAUUUUAGUUGUCCAUAAGCUAGAAUCAUUGGUACUCAACCCACUAGAUUAUGCUCGUGCCGUGAAAGCAAUUGGUAACGAAAUGGAUUUGACCAAAGUCGAUCUGAGAUCGAUUCUUCCAUCUGCCACCGUGAUGGUGGUAACAGUUACUGGUUCUACAACAAACGGCUUACCAUUGACAAUAGAAGAAAGUAAGAUUGUGAGUGAUGCAUGCGAUAUGGCUUUGGAAUUGGAUAGUGCCAAGCGUACGAUAUUGGAAUAUGUGGAAUCAAGAAUGUCCUUAAUUGCACCAAAUCUUUCGGCCAUAGUGGGCAGUACUACUGCUGCCAAAAUGUUGGGACAGGCUGGUGGUUUGAUGGCUCUCUGUAAAAUGCCAGCAUGCAACGUUAUGGUAUAUAUUAAUCGGUGUCCAGAAGAAAACGAAUGCACAUUGGCCGCUAGGAUGGAUCGUAUGCAUGAAUCAUCUGAUGGUAUUAUCGAAUCUCCCGAAUAUUUUAUCGACGUCUCUCGAGCUCUUGAACUUGAUUACACUAAUCAUUCGUCUUUACGGGAACAGAUUGACAAAAAACUUGAAAAAUUGCAGGAACCACCUCCAUCCAAGACGGUCAAGCCUUUACCAGUUCCUGAUGAAGGGCCAAAGAAACGGAGAGCUGGAAAAAAGUAUUUUAUCAUCCAAAUUAAUAUGUUAAAUAUUUUUAUGCUUACAGUACGUCGAAUGAAAGAAGCACAUGCUGUUACAGAACUUCGUAAGGCUCAAAAUAGGAUGGCAUUCGGUGUCGCUGAAGAUGAAACUGGUUCUUUUGAUACAACCAAGGGUUUAGGUCUGAUUGGACAAAACUCGGGUAAAAUCCGUGCUGCUGUGGCCGAUCCCAGAGUUAAAGCGCCCAAACGACAUCAAUUUAUGGGAUCAUCUGGGGCGACUUCCGGUUUAUCAUCUUCUUUGACCCUCACUCCAGUACAAGGAAUUGAAUUGAUCAAUCCUGACGAAGCACAAAAGAAGGUUAAAGAUGCAAAUGAUAGAUAUUUCGGCGGUGGUGCAUUUUUGAAA